UUUAUUUGAUUCAAAGAGUGCUACAAAGUUACAUACAUACCACACCACUGGAAGAAGCCAGUUCUCUAGGCAGUUGUGGAGUUCAGUACAUGAUUCUGCGGCCAAAAUGAAUGCGUGGUGCAAGCCCAAGCAAGUGGGUCCCGAUGGACUCUUCGUGAGGAAGCGCUUCACGCGCCACCCGGUGGUGAUUUCGGCCAAGCGGUUCGCGGCCAUCAAGGGGCGCUCCCGCCAGGACGAGAAGCACGCCCAGCUGGAGGCCGUCGAGGAGGAGCGCCGGUACAGGCAGUACCUGAAGGACGGCAACGACCUGCUCUGCAGCCUGUUCACCGAUCCCAAUGUGCCGAAGGUCAAGAAGUCGGCCAGGGCCAAGAAGCAGGAGGAGAUGGCCGCCUCCAAGGAGGUGGACACCAAGGUGGUCGACGAGCGGCUCCGCAAGCAGCGGAUCAUCAGGGCCAACCGCCUGCUGGACCAGCUGAAGCCCGGUCCGCGCGCCCUCCACCAGGCGCUCCUCCUCAGCGAGAUGAUCCACCAGAGGAAGUACAACGAGGACCUCAAUGCGGAGAUCGCCGAGGCGGCCCUCGCCCAGGAGCGGGCCGACGAGGAGCUGUGUCCCGCGGCCCUCGUGCCCUUCGGCCACGCCACCGAGGAGGAGGAGCUGGCCCGGCAGAACGCCAGGAACGCCGAGCACGCCCAGCUCAUGCGGCAGGACAUCGCGCAGCGGGCGAAGAUCAGGGAGGCGCUGCGCGAGCAGGAGGUGUUCGACGUCCAAGUGGAGCGGGCCCAGUACAAGUGCCUGCAGGACAAGGAGGAGCGGGCCCUCAAGGAGAAGAAGGCCAAGAAGAUCGAGUUCUACCGCACCGCUCGUCGGGAAGCCAUGCAGGAGAAGGCCGAGAUCGCAGAGCAUGAGCGUAUCUGCGACGCCAUCGACGACCGGCGCAACUGCGUGUACAUCGUGGCCAGGCGCAACCUGGACACCCGCUACGGGACCCACGUAAAGCGGCUGCGGCAGAAGCAGCUGCAGGAGCGCGAGGAGCAGGCGCUGCUCGUCAGCCGGGCGCAGGAGGUGCAGAAGCGGCGGCUGCAGGAGCAGCAGGCGAACGCCGAGGAGCGGCACGCCUUCGAGACGCAGGUGGACGAGGGCCGGCGCCAGUGCGAACGGGAGAUGCUGGCCAAGGAGCGGCGGGCCUACCAGCUGGAGGAGCGCAAGCAGGACGCGGAGAAGGCGCGGCGGCGGCAGGAGCUGCAGCGCUUCCACGUGGCGCGCCGGCUGAAGAACGCGGAGGCGAACCGCUUCUUCGAGGCCUCGCAGAAGCGCAAGCGGGAGAAGGUGAAGGAGGAGCUGCGCACCGUGCUCUUCGGGCAGCGGGACGAGUUCCUGGAGAAGCGGCGCGCCGAGCUGAUGAACCUGACCGCCUGCAACGAGGACCCGUACCUCGAGGACGACAAGAAGUUCUUCGAGCAGGCCGUCCAGAUCAUGGAGGAGUCGCGCAAGGUGGGUCGGCCCCUCUACCCGAUCGCCACCGCGGUGGAGCGCUACGAGCGCCAGAACCAGCUGGACAUGCGCCCCGAGGGCCGGAUGGUGCGCCGGAGCCAGCUGCGCGACUACUGCUGGCCGGGCUACUACUCCAAGGCGGAGCUGGCCUACCGCAAGUACGAGCAGCGCGAGAUGUGCCGCGAGGAGCAGGUCCUCGACCGCCACCAGAUCUACUGCAACUCGGUGAAGAUCAAGAAGCUGGCCGAGGUGGAGAAGCCCUACACGCCCUGCGUGGCCUCCUGCCCGAUUAACUGCUUCCACCGCCGGGGAAUGCCGGCCACGGACAGCCGCGACUCCUUCGACUACGCCCGGCACGUCUGCUACUCGGAUCCCCCGACGGUGGGCGCCUGCCCGGGCCCCAUGCAGGUGGUCCACAACGACCCGCUGGACAGCCAGCGGCGGGUCAGCCGGGAGUCCAUCAAGCUGCCCCCCAUGCCGGAGAUUCCGGUGAAGAACACCAAGUCCAUUCGGGCGGCUGCCGAGAAGGUCAUCAAGGCCCUGAGCCCGCGCAAGCUAUCCGCUAGUGCGUCUGGCAACAGCUUGAAGGGAUCUCCUCCGGCUGCUGAUCCCCAGCCGAGACCUACCAAGCCGGCUCAGCCCGAGGAACCAGUGGAGGUUCCCCUACCCAAGUCCCAACCUCCAGUGAGACCUAGAGCAAAACCAAAGAGGGGCAGCUCCUCGACGAAGCCACCUCCAACGGGCAACGACAUGCCGGCACCCGUGCCGAAUCCCAAGGGAACCUGGGGCUCCGGGUCCCUGCCGCCGGUGGCCAAGAAGAAGUCCAAGUAACCACGCACCCGAUAUUACCUAAAUUUACGUUUCGAGAGCUUAUUGUAUUGAUGUUGACCGUUCGCUGAAGAUGCUCGCAAAUAGAGAGUAGAGAAAAGAAA